ACAUCAAUCAUGGCGCAACCUCCCACUGUUACCGAGCUCAGCAACGACGACCAAACCAGCCGUCAGGCCCCCAACGCUACCCUCCGCAAACUCAUCGCCAUCGAUCAGGAUUUUGCCAAAGAUCUUGCUCUCGAGGCUGUCCGCGAGAUUGAGGUGAGUGGCAUGACAGACUACAGCUUGAUGUCCAUCGUGCUAAAAUCUCCAGNNAAACUAUGGCCAGACCUUGUAGCAGAGCGCUUUGCUUCCCAGGACAUCAUUGACCUGUCAGCCGCCCUUCGUACUGGCAACGUGCUUCUGGACUCAAGAAUGCUGCGCUCUUUCUUGGUUCUCUGGAAAGACAAGAUCGGAAAUCGAAGAAGCAUGUCAUCCCAGCAGUUCAUUGACCUGGCAGCAUAUGUACAUGGUUUGGUCUCUCGCCAGCUUGGUCCCGUUAUGGAGCAAAGCUCAGUCCUCGAUGUUGUUACAGCCAACGUACCCAAUGGAUCGAAUGUUGAUAACAUCCCCUACGGCAAGUGGCCUUCUACACUCUUCGGAAUCUUCAACUGGGAACAAGGAUAUGUCUGUGGUAACGAUUAUCAAGAAGGCCUUCAGGAGUUCCAAAGCCUGUGGCCAGAUCUCGAAGAGAUCUACAUUCCAACAGUCGAACAGCUGAAGUUGAUGGCCAAAGAGAUCCGAGCAGCUCGCUUAGAUCUUGAGUUCAGCUUGUUACGCACUUUCGUGGUCUGCUGGAUGCUAGACCCUCCUAAUCCUGAGGACUUUGUCGCUUGCGGACACCGUGCGAAGAGAAUUCGCAAAGAGGCUCUUGCCCAGACGGGUCCCAACAACAUGGUUACCCAUGACGACGGUAGCAUUACCAUUCUGCGCAGGGAAGGCGAAGAAAACUACAAUCCCGAAGAAGAUACAGCACUUGAGGAAGAAGAACAGGACAGAGCCAUAAGACACAAAUUGGUUAAGGAAUUUCUUUAUCCUAGACACAGGCCUGCUCCUGGUCCUAGCAAGGAGUGCGCUGUACAGCAGCCACCUACCAAGAGAAAGCGCGAACGAAGCAGCUCACGCACAUGA